AUGCUUAUUUGGGAUCGUCAAGAAGUUCCAAUAGUUGAUUCCCUUUGUCCAAUACGUGGUUAUUUUCACCAUUCGUCGAUCGCUUGGAUACAUCAUUCAUUAGUUUUAUUAGCUUUAGAAAAAUAUUUCAAAGUUCGAGGUAUCACAUUUUUUAGGAAACCAUCUCGACAAAUAUGUGUUGUUCUAUUUCAAUGGAUCUUUGAUUUUAUUUUUGAUUUACCGGUUCUUCUUACCGGCAAUAUGGGAAAACUCAGUUUCGACAAUUCUGAAGCAGUUACGUCGAAUACUCCGCAACCAAAAACAUUAUGUGAAUAUAUGAAAAGAAGAAAAGGAAUGUGGAUCACAUUUACUACUAUUGUACUUGUUAUAAUUAUAACAAUUCCAAUUGUUAUCUCCAAAACAAAAAUGAUAAACAGUGAAACAACACCAACAAUAGAAGAAACAACAAUUGAAAUAACAACAGAAAUGGAAGUACCACAAACUACAGAACCAACCACGAUAUCAACAUCAACAUCAACAUCAACAACAACAACAACGUCAUCAACAAAAACUACAUCAACAACAACAACAACAGAAAUAUCGAAAUGGACAAUGAUAGGAAACAUGAAUAUCGCUCGAUAUUAUCACACAGCAACUAUAUUAGCAAAUGGAUUAAUAUUAGUUGCUGGGGGAGUCAACGGCGCUAAGGGUCUUAAUAGUGCUGAAUUGUAUAAUCUAUCAACAGGCGCUUGGACAAUUACAGCAAACAUGAGUACCGCGCGAUAUUAUCACACAGCAACUAUAUUAGCAAAUGGAUUAGUAUUAGUUGCCGGUGGGUCCAAUGGUACUCCUCUCAAUAGUGCUGAAUUGUACAAGCCAUCAACAAACACUUGGGCAAUCACGGGACGGAUGAGUAUUGCACGAAGAUCUCAUACAGCAACCACAUUAACAAAUGGAUCAGUAUUAGUUGUUGAUGGAUAUAAUAGUACUAAAACUUAUCUUAAUAGUGCUGAAUUGUACAAUCCAUCAACAGGCACGUGGACAAACAUAGGAAGCAGGCAUGUCGUACGAGAAUAUCACACAGUAUCCACAUUAGCAGAUGGAUCAGUAUUAGUUGCUGGUGCAUCCACCAACAGUAUUAUUAAUCAAAAUAGUGCUGAAUUGUACAUUCCAUCAAUAGACACUUGGAGAACCACAGGCGACAUGCAGUACCGUCGAUCUUUUCACACAGCAUCCACAUUACUAAGUGGAUUUGUAUUAGUUGCUGGUGGAUUCAACAAGGGUGCUUUGAAAAGUGCUGAAUUGUACGAUCCAUCAACAGACACUUGGACAAUGACAGGAAGCAUGAGUGUCGCACGAUAUUGUCAUACAGCAUCUACAUUAACAAAUGGAUUAGUAUUAGUUACUGGUGGAUACAACAGUGAUAUUCUCAAUAGUGCUGAAUUGUAUAAUCCAACAAGUGACACUUGGAUAACCACAGGAAGUAUGAAUGCUGCACGGCAAUAUCACACAGCAUCCACAUUAGCAAAUGGAAAAGUAUUAGUUACUGGUGGAAUUGGCAGCAGCACUGCUCUCAAUAGUGCUGAGCUCUACUAA